AUGACGGGGAAUAGUGAAACUUCUGUUAGGGUGGUUACUCCUUCAGAUGAAAAAGGAGAUGGUCAUGUUCAUGUUGGCGAGGAGGAAGGGGUUCAUGAUCGAGAGGCGGACAAGGAAGAAGAAGCUCUGAAGAAGAUGAUAUUAGGUCAUCCAUUAUAUGGAUUAUUGCUUGAGAGUCACAUCAACUGCCUGAAGGUGUGUUCGGGUGAAAGGGGUGAUGAAAUUGGUACAACUACAACAAGCACUGAUACUACUACUAAUGUUACAGAAGAUAAUGCCAAUGUUAAGGCGCUCGAGGCCGCCCUUACCAGUCCUAGUUCCUCCGACCUUGAUCAAUUCAUGGAAGCAUACUGCAACUCCCUAAACAAUCUCAAAGAAGCCAUGGAGAAUCCUCUAAAGGAAGCAUCAUCUUUCAUUGAUUCAGUGCAAGCUCAACUUGAGGAGCUCACCGGAGACUCCGAUGAUAGCAAGCAGGGGCCAAAUCAGACUGAGUCAUCGAUCGUCAUCAAGUAG